UUGGGUGUAUUAAGUUUCAGUUUCGAUUUGACUUUGCGAAUUUUAUCACUCAUGGUGUUUUAAAAUAUAUAAAUGAGGUGUAUCUUUUAAGGUUCGCUGCAAUAUUCUGUUGGACCGACUAACAUGGUAACAAUAGUGGCGAAUAACACUGCGACAGGUGAUGGUGUGACUGGGCUUGUUACUCCUGUGUGUAAAUGGCCAUGGCUAAGAAUCAUCCAUCCGGAGCACGACCGAAACAGCCCAUCCAGCGACCGCUGACUGCGUAUCGUAUGUCGGAGGAUGAGAGGCUGGCAAGGAAACUAUACGAAGAAGAAGAGUCACUGGCCUUGGACGAACUGAUGGCGCAGCAGCUACAGGAACAGAUUAACGUCAGUGACCACGAAAAAGACGAGAGGCUGGCUAAGAGACUCUAUGAAGAGGAAGAGUCGUUAACGUUAGACGAACUGCUGGCACAGCAGCUACAGGAACAGCUUGACGUCAAUGAUGACCACAAAAAAGCUAAUGAACUUCAAGAGGAGUUUUCUCGGUAUCAGGGCAUGACGAUGGUGGAUGGAAUGUUGGCCAGACAACUCCAGCUGCAGGAGGAAAAAACCAAACAGAAGAAACGUCCGCCCAGACGACCGGAAAGUGAUUUUGAAGAUGACCUGGGUAUGCUACCUGGGAUCGUAUCGGCCAUGAGUGGACAUCAACCGAUGGGCGGUAAUCCUCCAUCUGGCCGACCUCGGAGACAGUUGAUCAUGAUAGGUGGACACAGACGACUGGCUAAUGCAGAAAACUUGCCUAAUGGUGAGAGUGACCCAGAACAAUUACUAAUGACAAACAGUCCACAAGAUUUCUUGGGCUUCCUCAACAUGAUGAGAGAUCCACGUUUACUCUUUGCUAUGAUGGCGCCUCAGUUUGAACAUCUAAACGAGGAAAAUGUUGAUCUAAAUGAUUACGAUUCCAUGUGGGAACUGGCCGAACGUUUAGGUGAAGUUAAACACAAAGGAUUGACAAAUGAAGGUAUUUCUGCUUUGCCCACCCGCCAGUACCAGCUCAACGGACCUCAGAACACAGACUGUCAGAUAUGUCUUGCGAAGUUUGAAACAGGAGAAGAAUUGAGAAUAUUGCCGUGUACACACGAGUACCACACAGCCUGUAUUGACGAGUGGCUCAAGAGGAAUGCAACUUGUCCUGUCUGUCGUAACAACAUCUCGACUAGUUAAAUCCUGCUAGACCCAAGGCAUGGGACAAGUAUCUGUGAUAACAACUCCAAAACACAUCGAGUGAAAGCUCAAUAACAUCGACUGUGUAACAAAUUGAGAGGUUGAUAAUCCAGACAGUGGAAGGACAAAGUGACAUUAUGUCCUCUCUCUACAAUUGUAUUUACUCCAGAGACUGGUUUCUUCUUGCUGACAUUAUCCAAAUGAAAUGAAACAUAAAGAUUUCUUUCCAUGUUUAAUUUGAAUCCCAAAAAUGAUUAUGGUCAACGACAGAAAAGACACUUUAUGUCCCAUCAUUUUGGCUUUGAACACUAUAAAUACAUUGUAUAACAUCCAGUAGUAAUUUUGUGGUAUGUUAUAUUGGACAAACAGGAGGGCGGGGGGUCAUCUUAAACUUAAUAUUUUAAUGUUGUAAUAAAAACAAAUCGUUUCACUUUAAAAUCAGGAUAUGCUGUGAAAUUGCAAUACUUAUACUUAAGUUUACUCAUUUUGUAUAAAACCAGAAGUGAAACUAUUAUAUUCUUAUCAAAGAUUUACAGGACAAUGUAAAAUGUGUGUGUGUGUUUAUUUUUAUAUGAAGAUGCUUGAAUUAACCCUCCAAUAUACAUGUAAAAAUAUAUUUAAAUAUAUUUUCAUAAAAUUGACAUCUUAACGAAUGGUUUAUUAUAUUUCUUGUAAAUAUUUAUUGAAAUUCCUGUUGAAAGUAAUGAACAUUUUACCGCCAUGAGUGACAUGGUAAUUUAUAUUUCUUGUAAAUAUUUACUGAAAUUCCUGUUGAAAGUAAUGAACAUUCUGCCGCCUUGAGUGACAUGGUAAUUUAUAGGGGUGCAACGAUACGGUCAAAACCGUAUUGCGAUAUAUUGCGAUAUAAGAAACCGUAUUGCGAUAUGUAUUGCAAUAUAGUUGAUAUUAUUUAAAUUUAAUGUUUAUGGGUGGGUUUUUUUAAUGAAAGCAGAAUGCAUAAACUUAUUAAUGAUCUUUAUUAGUUUCAGCUGUCAGGCUAAACCCAUCAUUACAAACAUCAAACACGUCGACGUUUCUUUGAUGGUCAGUUGCUUAAUAAUUGUUGCACGUGUUUUUUGUGAAUAAAACUUGACAUAGCUAGUUUGAGUUAAAUAAGUAAUACUAAGUAUAUAAAUCGAAAUAUUUGUAAUAUUCAUUCCAUCAUAGACCUAAAUGAUUAUAUAAACCACGACAUUUAUUUGUUGCAUAAUGUUCUUCUUGGUCAUUUUUAUUUUUUAACAAAAUACUAGUCUACUAGAACACCGGUGUGACGGUGUUAAACUGUUUUUAAAUUGUUACAUUUGGAAAUCCUUGCUAUCGGGUUUUUCCGUUGCUGCUCGCUUGACACGGAAAUGUACGUAUUGAAUCGCAAUAUUUCGGCAGAUCGACCGAACCAGAGGUUAUUGGCCGAGGUGUUUUGAACGAUCGGCCGAAGUAUUCCGAGUUCAUGGAAAAACAGCUGAGUGCGAUUCUCACUUAUUGGUUUAUUUCUUUGAAUAUGAUAGCCGUAGCCGUAUUUAAUUGUGAAUGAACAAUGAAUAAUAAUGUGUAAUUAACAAAACAUUUAUUUGUAAUUAUCGUUAACUGGUUAUUUCCAUUGGACUUCUGACACGUUUUGUUUAGAAGUUAGAACCAGGUAUAACCGACUUAUCACUUUAUAUGCCAACAAGUAAGCCGACUACGCUUGACGUGAUUGUUACAUUUCCUGUCAUCACUAAUUAAUAAAAUCAUGUGGUUUUUGUUUGUUUGUUUGCCUAUUUCAAGUCAAAUAAGAUACGAGGAAAACAAUAGCAUAUAAGAAUCACGAUAUGCAAAACUGUACCGCAGUUCGUAUCGAGCUGAUCAAUUAUCGCGGUAUACUGGUUUAUCGUUGCAGCACUAGUAAUUUAUAUUCCUCUUUCGUGUACUAUCUUGUAUAGGUUGGGUCUUUUUUAAAAUCCUUAAAAGGGGGAAUUAAUGGCACCGCUCCCUUUAGUAACACGUCAGGAGUUACAAACCCAAUCUCUACAGCAGUUUUUAUUGCCAAUUGUUCAUAGCAUUGAUCACAUAAAUUAGUUAACCUUUCCCUACCAGUCUUUUUCUAUCCAUACUGGUAAUUGCUUGCAUUUAUGUAAAAUGUUGUUAUAACAUUUGGGUUUCCAAACUUCCAUCAUGAAGGUAUGUUUUGUGAAAGGACUGAUUAUUAAUAUGGAAAUACCUGGUGUUGUCGUCAAUUUGAUUUACUUUCAUUGGUCCUGUUCCGAGUAUUUGUUCCAACCAGUGCUCCACAACUGGUGUAACAAAGGCCGUGGUAUGUACUAUCCUGUCUGUGGGAUGGUGCAUAUAUAUAGCCCAUGAAGUGGCGACAGCAGCUUUCCACUGUGUGUGGUCCUUAACCAUAUGUCCAACGCUGUAUAACCGUAAAUAAAAUGUGUUGAGUGCAUCGUUAAAUAAACCAUUUACUUCCUUGUUCCGAGUAUGUUAUGUAGAUGGGAUGUUUCCAACACUUUAAUUAGUAGUAAUAACUGGUCUGUAUCUCACUAGUAUGGGUGGGGUGGGGGUGUGUGGGGGGGGGGGGGAUUUGUUGACAUACAUAUACAUUGUAUGUAACCAGGAAAUUGUAUUUUAAUUAGUAAUAACUGGUCUGUAUCUCACUAGUAUGAGUGGGGUGUGUGGGGGGUGGGGGGUGGAAGCCUUUGUUGACAUACAUGUACAUUGUAUGUAACCAGGAAAUUGUAUUUUAAUUAGUAAUAACUGGUCUGUAUCUCACUGGUAUGAGUGGGGUGGGGGGAGGGAGCCUUUGUUGACAUACAUUUUUAUGUAACCAGGAAAUUUAUUUAAAUUAGUAAUAACUGGUCAGUAUCUCACUGGUAUGGAUGAGGUGUGUGUGUGGUUGUGGGAGCCUUUGGUGACAUACAUUGUAUGUAAUCAGGAAAUUGCAUUUAAAUGAAAAGGAUUAGAAUUUGAGUUGAUCCUAUUUUAGGUAAUCUAGUUUUUAAAAUUGUCCAGGGGUGCAUGCUCCCCAAAUCCCUUUAGAAAUUGCAUAAACAUUCUACCACGGAAUUAAACCAGUCCAGCAAAAUGUUUAAAUACACCUACAAAGUCCUAUUUACCGGUAGUAACUUGAACAUAAUACAUUGCAAAAGGAUCUAUGUUUUGUUAUUAAUCAGUCAUAAUAUUUGCAAUUGUAAUGAAUUAUUUAAUUGAAUCAUAUUGGAUCAAGUACUGUAAGUAAUUACAUGUAUUUUAUUUGAUCCAACAAAUUGCAAUGGUUUGGAACUGUCCCAUCAUUCCACCAUUCUUACUGCAAACAAAAUUUAUAUAUUUGUUGAAAUUUAAUAUAUCUGUUGAAAGUCUGUUGUAUUUAUACAUUAAAUGUAUAUUUUAUAUUUUUAUUUACAUUUUACAGUUCUGCGGCCAUGCAUUGUGACUGUGUGUGUUUUUGUUGUAGACUUUGAUUGUUAAUAAACACCCUGUGUUUUAUUGUUUGACCCCUUGCAGUGCAUGACGCGAGCUAACAAUCUACUUGCUCCGUGAAUCCGACCAUGUUAUCAGUUAACACCGAUAUAAUAUUGUCACAUUUAGCCUUGUUGCUGGUGCCUGUCUUUACAUAUUGUAACACAUCAGGUUUUCUGUCUGUCUUCAUCCAUGUCUGGUCAUCCGUCUGUUGCUGUAUUCAUAAAUAGUAUCUAAUUUUAAAGCUGCAAUCUCCGAUAUAUUUUUAAAUGUAUUUUAUCUUACGAGUCAGGGUUAUUGUUCUUUGAUAGGGCGGCUCGUAGCCCAGUAGUAAAGUGCUCAUCUCAUGUGUGGUCAGUCUAGGAUCAAUCCCCAUCAGUACGGCCAUUAGGCUGUUGUUUGUGUUAACCUGUCUGUGAGAUGGUGCAUAUAAAAUAUUCCUUCCUUCUAAUGGAAAAAUGUAUACAUCAAAAUUAGUAAAUGUUUGACAUCCAGUAGCUGGUGAUUAAUAAAUCAUUGUGCUCUAGUGGUGUCGUUACACAAAACUAACUAACAUUUACAUUAGUAAAAUGUUUACAAGAUGGAAAGCUGGGAUUGCAGCUUUAACAGAACAGAUAUACACACACAUAUAUAUAUAUAAAUAAUUAUAUGCAAAUUGAUAUUCAUAUUUUCUAAAAGGUUUUACCCCCAAACUGUGAUGCUGCAUUGGUUAAUUGAAUUUUCUUUGUCUAUCCGAUCCAUCCACAUCUACAGAUUAUCUGUCAUCUUGUAUAUACUUUUGAUCGUUAGUUAAGAUUAUAAAUGAUGGAUGCAUAAUGACAUGGUACUGGCAUGCUGUACAUUACAGCAAUAAUUUAAUUUUAUUGUAUUAUUUAUAUUAAAUGUAUCGUUUACUCCACCCACUGUGCUGAUCUCUGUAAUAGCAUAUUAUAGUAAAAGGAUUUAGAAAACUUUUAAUUGUAAUUUACAUAAAAUAUUUAUUAAAAGCAAUUUAUUGUAAGAUCUCUGUAACAAGCAGUUUCUGCUAAAGCUUGAAAUAAAAGAUUUUCAACACAAA